AUGACAACGUCACAACUCCCAAAAUAUACUUGGGAGGAGAUAAGGAAACACAAUCAUGAUAAGGACUGCUGGGUCGUUCUUUACAGACGAGUGUUGGACGUUACGAAGUUUUUGAACGAGCACCCCGGAGGCCUUGAUACAAUUAAUGACCUCGGAGGAUACGAUAUCACAAACUCUUUUGAAAGUAUCGGGCACUCCUCUUCAGCACUUGCCCUAUCAAAAGAGUUCAUAAUCGGUGAACUCGACCCAUCUUCCGCUCCCCCACCGGUUCGAGUAAGGAAGUUGGGAGACGAUGUGCCGUUAACAAAGGUAAAAGGUGGCGGAGGUGUUCUUUCAGUAUAUCAUAUUGUGGGGUUAUUUCUUUUAAUUCUCCUUUUAUUGUGCUACAUUUUUGCUACCUAG